CAUAGAUACCGCUCUCAGCCGGGAUCGAACUCGCGAUCUUGAGCUCAGCGCCUUCACCUCCAGCAUAUGAUCGUAUGAUCCUAUGACCGGAUAACUGAGAAUCUGACUCACAGGUCAGAAACUGAGGUACCAGACCUUUCUGAAGAAGGCACCUUGCCGAUAUUUUAUCGAUACUGCAAUAUCAACUCAUAUGUGCGCAUCACCGGUAUCACAAUUCACAAUCGCUAUCGCGAAUACAAAAUGGCGUCGCCCGUAAUGCAGUUUGCGCGAUUGUCGUUGGUAAACACAAAUAUUUGUCGAGUUGCCGGUAACCUCAUCAACGCCAAGCAAGGUGACCAACAGGUAUACGGGUUCGCAACUUUGAAACAUGGGUCGGCCACGACAUUGCCAGUACCGCCGAAGCGGCCGCCAACCGGUUUUAUACUCUUUGCAAACGACGCACGUCCAAAUGUGGUGAAGCAAAACCCCAGUUUGAAGCCUACAGAAGUUAUUCGAGCGAUUGCAGCAAGGUGGAGGUCUGCUGACGAAUCCACAAAACAGAAAUAUACCGCCUUGUCCAAACUGCGCCGUGAAGAAUUCAUCAAGCAGAAGGAAUUGUACGACACGAAGCUAACAGUGCAGCAGAAAGAAGCCCUGAAAGAAGUUGCCAUUGAGAAAAAGCUCAAAUCCACAAAGAAGAAGCUACAUGAGACGUUACGCCAGCUGGAGAGGCCCAAGGGACCCAGGUCAGCAUAUGUGCUCUUCACGACAGCCAAGCGGUCGGACAUCCGAGCAAAACUUCCAAAGAAAGUAACGGGGAGCAAAUUCGCCUCAUGGCUGCUCGGGCAGCCGCAUGUUGAAAGCACUGCUACCCAGGCACCCCAGGAGGUGAUGACCACUCUCGCACAAAUGUGGAAAGAACUGCCGGAGGAAAAGAAGAAGCCAUAUCAUGAGAAAGCAGAAGUGGACCGGGCUCGCUAUGAGGCCGAAAUGGUUACGUGGAUGAAGCGGAUGGAUAAAGAAGGAAAAUGGGAAAUGCUCAACGAUCUCAAAGAAGACAUACGUGAACUCAGGAAAGAACAUGACCCUUUGAAGAAAAGUAGCAGCAAGUCCUAGCAGGAAUGGAAGGGGACAAUAAGGAAAAAUGACAACAUCAACAAUAUAACUUUGUCUUUGUAUCUGGAAAAUUAAGUGAUUAAAACUGCUAAAGUAGA